UGCUGCCUGUUGCUGAGUGGAAGAGAGCAGAAAACCCUGGAUUCAAACCUCUAUUGGGUUUUUGUUUUGCGUGUUUUGUUUCUUUUUCAUUUUGCCUUAAGAAGAUGAACAAUGAAACCACAACCCUGAUAUCCUUAAAGGAGGCAAUGAAAAGAGUAGACCAAAAACUCCAAGUGUUAGAAGCACAGUUUAAAGAACUGGACUUCACCAAGGAUAAUCUGACACAGAAAUUUGAACAUCAUAGCAAGACUUUGGCAAACCAAGCUGCCCAAGAUGAGCUGUGGACAGCAGUUCUGUCAUUCAAGUUCACUCCAAUGGAAUUGAAUAUUUUAUACAGCUACAUCAUUGAAGUACUCAUCCGCUUGCACACUCGUGUGCUUGAGAAGCUGCCAGAUCUGGUGAGAGGUCUUCCCACCUUAGCCUCCAUCCUUAGACGAAAAGUCAAGAACAAGCGCAUUAGAGUUGUGUGGGAGUCUGUCCUGGAGGAACAUGGGAUGCAAGAAGGAGAUAUCACAGCACUGUGUACCUUCUUUGUAGCACAUGGUAACAAGGCAGAAUACUACAUUGCUAAAGUAAGGCAAAUGUAUAUAAAAGAUGUCAAUUUCAUGAUCACUAAUAUGGUAAAGAACCAGGCUCUGCAGGAUGGUUUGCUAAAGGCUGUUCAGGUCAUUGAGAAGGGAAAAGCAGUGAGGGCCCCUGAAGAGCAAAAGUCAUCCCUAGAAGAGUUGAUACCAUAAGCCAAAAGGUAACCUGUUACCCUAGACCCAGAGAUUACACUUCUAGUAAUUUAUCUUGCAAAUGGGAAAAAAUACAUACAUACAAUUUAUUACAGGCUUAUGUUUACAGCAAAAGUGAGGAGAGUGUUACAUUAUGAUAUACUGAUACAGUGGAUACUUUCUGUGUAGCAAUACAAGAGAAUGAAGAAGCUCCUUGUGUAAUCGUAUGGUAAUAUGGAGUUAUCACCAAGAUGUGUUGUUUUAAAAUAUUCAUUUCCAAUAUAUACUGCUAAAUGGAAAAAAACGGGCAAAAACAAACAUAUAGGCUACUAUAUCUAUAAACUUCAUAAACUUCUUCUGGAGAAAUACAUUAAAAAGUGAUAACAUUGGUUUUCUUAGGGAAGAAAACUGAGAGGCUAGGGAUCAAAUAUAGGAGGAAGUCUUUUCAAUGUUAAUACAUUUGUACUUUUUGAAUUUUGAACCAUGUGAAUGUACUAUGUACUAAAAGCAAUAAAUAAAUAAAAC